AAUCCAUGCAUGUAUGUUAAGAACGCGAUAACACCGUUCCUCCUUUUUACCUCAAAAGAAAAACACUGUGUUCCUGAACUUUGACCAAAACAGUCAACGCUUUGCUUGUCAACUAAUCACGAUGGUUAAAGUUGCAGUCAUCGGUGCCGGAGUCUCCGGCCUCGUCGCCGCCAAGGAGCUACAGCAAGAAGGCCACAACGUCGUUGUUUUCGAGAAGAACAACCGUGUGGGAGGAACCUGGAUAUACACCCCAAAAACAGACUCCGAUCCUCUAAGCAUGGACCCGGCCAGAGAAACAGUUCACAGCAGCGUAUACCACUCUCUGCGCACCAAUCUUCCAAGACAAAUCAUGGGGUUCUUAGAUUACCCUUUGUCCAAGAGAGAAUCCGGUGAUCCAAGAACGUUUCCGGGUCAUGAAGAAGUGCUUCGUUUUUUGGAGGAAUUUGCAGGUGAAUUUGGGAUUCAUGAGUUGACCCGAUUUGAAACGGAGGUGGUGAAAGUUGAGAGGAAAGAAAACGAGUGGAUAGUUGAGUCAAGGGGUGGUGACUCAGUGAGUCAAGAAGUAUUUGAAGCGGUUGUUGUCUGUUCCGGUCAUUUUGUAGAACCGAGACUUGCUGUUGUUCCUGGUAUUGAAAACUUUCCUGGGUUUCAAAUGCAUUCUCAUAAUUACAGAGUUCCUCAUUCUUUCAAAGACCAGGUUGUGAUUUUAAUAGGACUAGGACCUAGUUCAUUUGACAUCUCAAAAGAUAUUGCAGGAGUAGCAAAGGAAGUUCAUGUUGCAACAAAACCGAAUCCACUAUUGAAGGGUAUGAAGUUGGAAAAUGUUCGCAAUAUAUGUUUCCAUACUCUGAUUAAAUGUGUAUAUGAAGAUGGCUUGGUUGCCUUUGAAGAUGGAUUCUCUACUUAUGCAGAUGCCAUAAUUCACUGUACAGGGUACAAAUACCACAUUCCUUUCUUAGAAACUAAUGGAAUAGUAACGAUUGAAGAUAAUCGCGUUGGGCCACUAUACAAACAUGUUUUUCCUCCUUCACUGGCUCCGGGGCUUUCUUUCAUUGGUUUAACAUUUAGAGAAACUAUUUUUGUUGUAAUUGAGUUACAAGCCAAGUGGGUUGCAAGAGUUUUAUCUGGUAAGAUUCUUUUACCUACUGAAGAAGAAAUGAUGGAAUCUGUUAAAGACAUGUAUCGUGUCAUGGAGGAAAAUGCAUUGCCCAAGCGUUACACACAUUCGAUACGUCCGUUUCAGGCUGACUACAAACAAUGGCUAGCAGCACAGAUUGGGUUGCCUCCGUUAGAAGAUUGGAGGGACAAUAUGUUGAUGGAGUGUUUUAAGAAGGUGAUCGAAAUGAAUGAAAUGUAUAGAGAUGAAUGGGAUGAUAACUAUUGGGAUACCAUCAUUGAGAAUGGAUCAGCUUCUUAAAAGGCAAAGAUAUUGAAUUUUAUAUGCUGAUUGUUACAUUGGGUUUUCUCAAUAAUUUCAACCUUUGUUCACAUAAAUAAAGAUUGGUUUGAAUCUCUUGAAAUGCAGAAGUUGUUUUUAUUUGUUGUUUUAGAAAGUAAACUUCAGAUGAUGGAAGACCGAUACAAUAGAGAAAUUGGUUAAUAAGUCUUCCUUUUAUUGGUAGGAGAAGAUGAUGUAUCAUCAAACUAAAUCUACAAGCCUUCUACAUUCCCACCUUGUUUAUGCACUCUUUUUCUCUCA